CGGACUGAGACUGUGACACCGGAAAAACAAUGUCCGUUUUACCGACGCAGAAAGAAUCAAGAUUUGAGAAACAGAACGACACAGAUGGAGACAAUCCCGAGUCUGGUCAGCAGAUUUACAAAACUCUUGCAACACCAGCACAUAAAGAAAACCCACACAGCUGUGACCAAUGUGGGAAAGGUUUCAGCCAAACAAGUGACCUAAAACGGCACCAACUCAUCCACAGUGGACAGAAACCAUACACUUGUGACCAAUGUGGGAAAUCUUUCAGUCAUUCAGAAUAUCUCAAAAAACACCAACAAAUCCACAGUGAAGAGAAGCCGUACACUUGUGACCAAUGUGGAAAAUCGUUCCGUCAUUCAGGAUAUGUGAAAAUACACCAACUCAUCCACAGUGAAGAGAAGCCAUACAUUUGUGACCAAUGUGGGAAAGCUUUCCAGCAGCCAGGCAGUCUAAAAAGGCACCAACUCAUUCACGGUAAAGAGAAACCAUAUGGCUGUGAACAAUGUGGGAAAGCUUUCAGCCAGUCAUCCUAUCUAAAAUCACACCAACUCGUCCACAGUAGACAGAAGCCAUAUGUUUGUGACCGAUGUGGGAAAUUUUUCAGUCAAUCAGGAAAUCUGAAAACUCACCAACUCAUCCACAGUGGACAGAAACCAUACACUUGUGACCAAUGUGGGAAAUCCUUCAACCAGUCAGGAAAUCUGAAAACCCACCAGCUCAUCCACAGUGGACAGAAUCUGUACAUUUGUGACCAAUGUGGGAAAGCUUUCAAGCGGCCAUUUAUUCUAAAAAGGCACCAAAUCCUGCACAGUGGAGAUAAACCGUGUAUUUGUGACCAGUGUGGCCAAGCAUUCAAAAAACUGACUUACUUAACAAAACAUAAACUCAUUCACAGUGAAGUUAAACCAUAUGCCUGUGAACAAUGUGGGAAAGCUUUCAGCCAGUCAUCCUAUCUAAAAUCACACCAACUUGUCCACAGUAGACAGAAGCCACAUGUUUGUGACCGAUGUGGGAAAUCUUUCAGUCAUUCAGGAAAUCUGAAAAGCCACCAGCUCAUCCACAGUGGACAGAAGCCAUACACUUGUGACCAAUGUGGGAAAUCCUUCAACCAUUCAGGAAAUCUGAAAACCCACCAGGUCAUCCACAGUGGACAGAAUCUGUACAUUUGUGACCAGUGUGGGAAAGCUUUCAAGCGGCCAUGUAUUCUAAAAAGGCACCAAAUGGUCCACAGUGGAGAUAAACCGUAUAUUUGUGACCAGUGUGGCCAAGCUUUCAAAAACCUGACUUACUUAACAAAACAUAAAGUCAUUCACAGUGAAGUUAAACCAUAUGCCUGUGAACAAUGUGGGAAAACUUUCAGCCAGUCACAUAGUCUCAAAAGGCACCAGCUUACCCACAGUGAAAAAAAACUUUACCUUUGUGACCAGUGUGAUGGAGCUUUCUACACAUUGUCUGACUUAAACGUACACCAACGCAUCCACACUGGAGAGAAACCAUACAUUUGUGAGUAUUGUAGGAAAGGUUUCAGAAGCUCUUCAAAUCUAAAAAGGCACCAACGCAUCCACAGUGGUACUAAACCAUACUCCUGUGAAAAAUGUGGGACUUGUUUCCGUAACUUAAGUUCAUACAAGCAUCACCAACGUUUCCAUAGUGGAGAAGCUAUGUACACUUGUGACCAGUGUGGGAAGAGAUUAUGUUCUUUGUUUUCAUUGAAAUAUCACCAGUGUACCCACACUGGGGAGAAACCACACCAGUGCAGACACUGUGAGAAAACCUUCAUCAGAUUAUCAUCACAGAUGAUUCAUGAGCGUGUCCACACUGGAAAGAAACUGCACAGUUGUGACCAAUGUGAUAAGAGCUUCUGUCUUAAGAGUACGUAUGUGAUGCACAAACGUAUUCAUACGGGUGAGAAACUGUAUUAGUGUCGGCACUGCAAGAAAACUUUGAAUAGAUUAUCCCAUUUCUACAGACAUGAACAAAUCCACACUGGGAUCAAACAGUACUAGUGUGGAAAAUGUAAGAAAAGCUUCUCCGGCUUAAAUCAUUGGAAGAGACAUGAAACAUCUCAGCGGAGGAGAUGCUCCUUGAAGUACCUGUUCAGACUAGAGUGGUAGAACAUUCAGUUUAAUAAUAGAUUCAGUGUUUUCAGCAACACAAUGUAAAUGUCAUUUUACACCCCCGGAAAAAAGUUUGGAGGGUCUAUACUAGGAAUCCCUCUGUCCAGCCGUCCAGCUGUCUCUGUCCUUCUGUGAAUCUUGGAAGUACAACUCCUCCUAAUGCUUUUUGUCCAUUUGAAUCCAACUUCAUACAGUGCCAGCAGACCAACAGUGCUAGCGGCUAUUCUGAAACCCAAGGCAAGACCUCCUACGUGGUAAACUCUGCCCCUUUCUGAUGCACCCUGAUGGUUUUGAUGUUUAUGGGUAAUGUUACAAACAGUGCUGGAAAGAAUUUUAAUUACCCACUGGCCACUGUACAAACCUGGCUUCUCCCCAGCCAUCUCUCUCACAACAGGGCCAGUGAGGCAUCACUAUGAAGCACUGUGAGCGUUUGUUUCAGGUGGAAAAGCAUUAUUAAAAGCAGUCCAUUCACCAUCCCAAACUAGAGUUCUUGGUGAAACUCGUUUGCACUUUACCUUAAUGGUAAAUGAUCACCAGGUGGAGAUAGUGCUCCAUUUCAAGAUCCUUGAGUAUGGGCUGCUGUGUGACACCAGUGAUGGCUAAUCUGUUGCUGGUAUUAGUAGAUAUCUUGAAGAAGUAGUAAGUCCUAUGUAGGUCCUGAGACCUGUUGGUGUUGCUGCUUAUCUUCGAGUUCCAUAGUUUGAAGUGGAUGAAAGUCUACAACUACCCUUGGGCAGGGCGCUAGUCUGACACAGGUUUCUUCACCAGCCAAGGCCAGUACCCAUUUACGGCUGGAUGGACUGAGACAGUGUAGAUAAGUGUUGUGUCUUGUCCAAGGACACAUGUUGCUUGACCAGGAUUUGAACCCCUGUCUGCAUUUGGCAGACUGGCUCUCGGUUCACUAAACUACUUGCGCUACACUUUGAUGUUUUCUAUGUCUUUAAUCACUGCACAUAGCACUAUAACAAACCAGAUGGGCUCUGUUGAACUAUUAAAAUUAAGUUUUGUUCAACAUCUUUCAUGACAAAGCUCCUGAAUCGAAAAAAAUGUAAUUUCAGUGUAGACAAUCAUGGUCAAUACACCAGAAGGAACUCAGAUUCAUACUUUGUUCCCCUGGUAGAAAAUCUUUGGUUUGCAUUCUUUUAGAUACACUACAACUCUGGAGUAAUCUGCUUGGCAACACAAAAGAAUCUAAAACCAAGGGCCAUUAAAACAAACAAACAAACAAAAAUAAAUGUUUAUUUUAUUUAUUUGUAUAUAUAUAUUUAAUGUCUGUAACUUGAGUAAAAAUCUGAGCUGACUUUGUAUGUUGGGCUCAUCCUGACUAAGGUUGCUAUUGUCUUGCUGUUAACCCCUUAA